AUGUUGUUGGCAAACAUAAAAUCUAAUUACAGAACAAUAACGGAAGAUGUGAUGUCAGUUCGACGACGGACUCAUUCUGAUGAUUUCCCGUAUCCUUUAGAAAGAACUAGACUGUCUUCAAAGCUUAAUGUUCUCCGUGAGAAUCCACCACAACCUGUUCAACAAGGAUAUUCACUAACAACUGUUAUUUUUGUUUCAAUUGUAGUUUCAAUAAUCUGUCAACAUGUUAUUCCUCACACAUUUUCAUAUUUAAAUCAAAUAAUCAAAAAUUCUCCAAAACGAAGAGCGCCAACACAUUCAAAUCUUCUGAAUAUUGGUUUUAUUAGCACGAAUCCACCCGAGAAAUAUGCUCCUGCUGUUCAAAAACCCACAUUUUUAGUGGAUCCAAUAUAUGAUGAAAAGUGGAAAGGAGUUCAAACAGCUGUACCAGUUAUGACAACAGAAUCAGAAGAGAAAAGAGAUAAUGAUCAUGCAAAAGUGAAAGAAGCAAUUCUGGCAGCAAAAGCAGCAAGUAGAUCAAGAAGAGAUGGAAAUUUGGAGAGAGCAAUGACAAUAAUGGAGCAUGCGAUGGCUCUGGCACCGAAUAAUCCUCAGAUUCUGAUUGAAAUGGGCCAAAUUAGAGAGAUGCAUAAUGAAUUGGUGGAGGCAGAUCAGUGUUAUGUUAAGGCUCUAGCUUACGAUCCAGAAAAUUCAGAAGCUUUAGUACUCCGCGCUAGAACAACGCCACUAGUUAGUGCAAUUGAUAGGAAAAUGCUCCGAUCUGUACACGAUUUACGAAAUGAAUUCGCUCAUUUGCAACAUUCCACUGCACUCAGGAGAAUGAUGAGAGAAACGUACUUUCUCUAUGUCUACCACACAGUUGCAAUCGAAGGGAAUACUCUUUCUCUUGGACAAACUCGUGCAAUUCUUGAAUCUGGAAUGGUAAUUCCUGGAAAAAGUAUACGGGAGCACAAUGAAGUGAUUGGAAUGGAUGCUGCUCUUCGAUUUCUGAAUUGUUCUCUUCUUUCUAAAGGACAUGAUGAGAUAUCUAUUGAGGAUAUUCUUGAAAUGCAUCGGAGAGUUUUGGGUAAUGCUGACCCAGUUGAAGCUGGGAGGAUACGAACAUCACAAGUUUAUGUCGGGAGAUUCACUCCAGUUGCACCUGAAUAUGUUAUGGAACAACUGGCAGAUAUGGUUGAUUGGCUGAAUGAUGAAAGUACAUUAGCGAUGGAUCCCAUUGAAAGAGCAGCUAUUGCUCAUUAUAAACUGGUUUUAGUUCAUCCGUUCACUGAUGGAAAUGGUAGAACCGCCCGUCUUUUACUCAAUUUGAUAAUGAUGAGAAGUGGAUUUCCUCCUGUUAUUCUUCCAGUUGAGACAAGAGCUGAGUAUUAUGCAUCACUCCACGUGGCGAACCUAGGAGACCUCCGACCAUUUGUCAGAUACGUUGCAAAACAUUCAGAGGCUUCUAUUCAGAGAUAUAUAGGAGCCAUGAAGACAUCAUCUGACAACACCAUCAACGGGGAAGAUUCCAGUUUGUCACCGGAAGAUUCCGAAGUCAGCGAGAAAAUUGAAGCGGAGUGUCGAUCAGGAAACUAA